CGCCGGACACUCCUGACAUCCGCCAGCUGCUGCGGGCUCAGGUGGCUGAUCACAAGUUCAGCCCCGGGGCAGACCCCACCCCCAGGGAAGGCACUGACGGAUCCCAGGAGGCCAGCGCUGGGAUCUGCCCGCCAGCCGGCCGGGGCUCAGUGGCCGCCCUCUGCCAGCUCAAAGUCACCUUUGCUCCAACUCCUCAGCUGGCCAGAGCCGGCCCAGAACCCCCUCCGCUCAGCUCAGCAGGAACCAGGAGCCGGCCCCCAUUGGGCAAUUAUUAAUCAGAUUCUUGACAUUCCUCCGCCCCAGGUUGGCUUGGGAAACAUGCUCCCUGAAGGAGGAGGAGGAGCCGAGGCCCAGGACUGGCAUUUGGACAUGCAGCUGACGGGCAAGGUGGUGCUGUCCGCGGCCACCCUGCUCCUGCUGACCGCAGCCUACCGGCUGUACAAGUCGAGGCCUGCCCGAGCCCCGCUGUGGGGCAGGAGCACCAAGGCCAAGGCCGAGGAGGAGGCAGAAGGCUCCGGGCAGCCUGAAGCCCAGGGGGCUGCUCCCGGGGCACCCCAUCGGGGCCUGAGAUGCCGGAGCGGAAGCAAGGGGCCUGGAGUACCGUUGGGCGGCAGCUGGGAGAAUCCGGGGGGCUCCCAGGUCCUGGGAACCCCUUCCAGCAACUUGGAAGCCGGAGAGAUUUGGAAGCCCAAGAGGAAAGGAGCCGGUGAGGACGAGGGUGGGCGGUGCCUGGAGUCCGGCCUGGCACCUCCUCUCUGCGGUGGCCAGGACGCCGGAACAGCUGCUGGCGGUAAGCCCGAACUGCCCCACCGCCCCCCUCUGGGCAGUGAACCCAAAAGCUCCCCAGCUGUCCUGGCUGCGGUGGACGGCAGCGGCGUGGGGGGUGGGCCAGCUCCAUGGCAGGACGACGGGCUCCCCGAGCAGCCAGGGGCUGGGGAGCAGGCGUCCCCCCUCCAGCCCUGGAUGGCCCACUGGGAAGGCAAGACUGACAGGAGCCAGAGCUGGGUCCUCACCCACGUGCUGGGGGCCUGCAGGGAAGAGGUGGGGGCCCUCCGGGCCGCCUCCAACAUGGGCCUGGCCCUGCAUCAGCAGGAGGGGGCCACCAACGCCUCCUACACCUUCUCCUCGGUGGCCCGGGUUCGAGUAGAAGAGAGUUUCCUACAGGAGAAGGUGGCGGGGAUGCGGCCCAGGCUGCAGGGCAAGGUGUACGAGUACUACGUGGAAUCUACCUCCCAGGCCACCUCCAGAGGCAGGCUGGCCCCCAGGACCGCCGCCCUGGCGAAGGCGCCACCUCCUGUGCCAGGCCCCCUGGGAACAGGGACAGUCCCCAGAGGCCUUGACGAUGACAGAGAAGGGGGAGCCGAUCCAGCCGCCUCCCCCCAGCCGGUGCUGCCCCCCACGGGGGGCUUCAGCAGGAAGGAGAGCCUCCUUCAGAUCGUGGACAACCCCGAGUUCCAGCUGCAGCUCCACGGUUUCGGGAGCCCCGCUCCAUCCGGCACAGACCAGACCGCCCCAUCCAGCCCCCCCAUAUCCGAGGAGCCUCUGGAGUCCAGCGCAGCCGGAAGCAGCGGGGUCCCCCACCUGGAGCUCGUGGCCGGGACCAACUUCUUCCACUUCCCUCUCACCCCAGGGUCAGCCCCUGAUGUCCGCCUGGACCUGGGCAACUGCUAUGAGGUGUUGACCUUGGCCAAGAGGCAGAACCUGGAGGCGCUGAAGGAGGCCGCCUACAAGGUGAUGAGUGACAACUACCUCCAGGUCCUGCGCAGCCCGGACAUCUACGGGCGCCUGAGCGGGGCCGAGCGGGAGCUGGUCCUCCAGAGGCGGCUGAGGGGCCGCAAGCACCUGGUGGUGGCCGACGUGUGCCCCCAGGAAGACGCUGGCCGCCUCUGUUGCUAUGACGAUGAGCAGGAUGUCUGGCACCUGCUGGCCCCGCUGCCCCCGGAGGCUGUGUCCCGCGGCUGUGCCAUCUGCAGUCUCUUCAAUUAUGUGUUCGUGGUGUCCGGGUGCCAGGGGUCCGGGUGCCGGCCCUCCAGCCGGGUCUUCUGCUACAACCCUCUGACGGGGAUCUGGAGCGAGGUGUGCCCGCUGAACCAAGCCCGGCCGCACUGCCGGCUGGUGGCCCUGGACGGCUACCUGUACGCCAUUGGGGGCGAGUGUCUGAACACAGUGGAGCGCUACGACCCUCGCGUGGACCGCUGGGCCUUCGCCCCUCCCCUCCCCAACGACACCUUCGCCCUGGCGCACACGGCCACGGACCGCACGGCCGAGAUGGUGGCGGUCGAUGGCUUCCUCUACCGCUUCGAUCUCAACCGCAGCCUGGGCAUCAGCGUGUACCGCUGCAGCGCCAGUGCCCGUCUCUGGUACGAGUGCGCCACGUACCGGACGCCCUACCCGGACGCCUUCCAGUGCGCCGUGGUGGGCAGCCUCAUCUACUGCGUGGGGCGCCGGCGCACGCUCCUCUUCCUGGCUGACAACAUCUCGCCCAGCAUUUUCCUGUGUUAUUACAAACCCUCGGUAAACAUCAUUUCCAUCGCGGGGGGCGGCAAGGACCGCACGGCCGAGAUGGUGGCGGUCGAUGGCUUCCUCUACCGCUUCGAUCUCAACCGCAGCCUGGGCAUCAGCGUGUACCGCUGCAGCGCCAGUGCCCGUCUCUGGUACGAGUGCGCCACGUACCGGACGCCCUACCCGGACGCCUUCCAGUGCGCCGUGGUGGGCAGCCUCAUCUACUGCGUGGGGCGCCGGCGCACGCUCCUCUUCCUGGCUGACAACAUCUCGCCCAGGUUUGUGCCCAAGGAGCUGCGCAGCUUCCCGUCCCCGCAGGGCACCCUCCUGCCCACGGUCCUGACCUUGCCCAGCCUCCAUGUGCCUCAGACCAGGGUCUAGCUGCCCCUCUGCUGGGCUCCUCCUGCAAAGCUGGAGGCAAAGAGCGCCCCCUGCCCACCGCUCCAUGGGCCGUUUCUGGGAGGCCAGACGGCCAGGAGCUUGGCUGCAGAAGGUGAAGUCCAGUCCUACCUCCGUCAGUGGCUGGGCUCCCAGAUGCUUUGGUGCCAGCGGGCUGCAGAGGGCGAGGGUGAGAUAGAGCUAGGGCCUGGUGCUCCAGGGCCGAGGGCAGCCACAUCUCCUGGGAUGGCUUCCAGUCUGAAUUGGGGGGACAGGGGGGGUUCCAGGACCCUAGCAAACUUUAGGGGCACAGCCUUAUCACAACCACAAUUCAGGUGCCAGUUGACCCCCAGUGACCCCUCAAGCUGACCCUGGGCCUCGUUACCGACUAGAGCAGGUGUGCUCCUCUCUCUGGACCUGGGCCAUCGAGGUAGGAGGAGAGAGCUCAGGGGGCCCGCAACGACCACCUGGGGGCAUGAUGGUCAGGUUCAGCUACAGAAGGAGAGGCCAGGACUGUUCCUGUGGACAGGAGCUCACAUUGUAGUGGAGGAGAAUGGGCAAUUCUGAAAAAGAUACAUAAGUAAAUAGAACCCAUGCCGGAUACGAGCCACCGAGACAGCUAAGCAGGCGAGUGGGAUAGGCCUUCCUGAUCAGAUACACCGAGCAGAGACCUGAGUGCAAAUCCGGGGGCCUGCAAAGACCAGGUGGCUCAGGGCCCGGGAAGCCUGGCCUCGCACCUGGAGCCUUUGUCACGUGGGCGGAAGAGGCGGGUCCGCCUCCUAGGAGCUCCAUCUCGGGGUGAAUGGGGUGUACAGGGCCGGAGCGCAGCUAUUCUGCUGCAGCCCCUCACCUAACGGAGAGAAUCCUGCCCCGCUGACAUAAGAGAGGUGCCUUGCAUGGGUAGAAACUGCUUUCUCAGGAGAGAAGCCGUGUUCGCACAUUCAGAGAGGAGAGUCCAAAUAAUCACCAGGACAUCCCAGCGGCCUCGGCUGAGUGUGUGGCUGGGUGUCAGGCGGCCCACAUGGCACCAUGGGCUCAGGGUCGAGGGUUUCCACCUGACCUUGGUGAGUAGCCGGGUCUGCCCACCUGCGGCCCUCAGCCCCAGAGUGGCCUGUUUGUUAAAGAAAGCUUGUGCCUGGGCCAUCUGCGUUCCCAAUAAGAGUUCUUUCUUCUUCAGGGGAAAAAAAAAAAGAAUCUUAAGUUUGGGUUGCUUUUUACAUUAGGCCAACCAUGCCGUUAUAGAAAAAUUGGAAAAGAGAGAAAAGUAUGAAAAAAUUUCCCCAGUGAACCCCUGCUGCGACACGGGUCUCUCCAGCCUGUCCCUUCUGUGUGUGAUUUCGGUCGGGCUUGAUCCUAGCCUAAGUGUGAUUACGCUGAAUUUACAAUUCGGUCCUGCUUCCUUUUGGCACCUCACUUUUGAAAAUAAGCAUUUUCCUGUGUUAUUACAAACCCUCGGUAAACAUCAUUUCCAUCGUUGCACAAUAUUCCACCCACUGGCUGCACCACGGUUUAUUUAAGAUCCCUUCCCCCCUCCCCCGUUGGGCUUGUAGAUUUUUUUUUCUGUUGGUUUCUUUUUCCAUCAUAAAUAAAACGUCCCUUGUUUUCCUG